ACUCUCUGUUCUCACUUACCAUUCCAGCCUACAGAGGAGAAACCUCAGAGCCUCUGCAGAUUCGAAGUGAAACAGAGGACCUGCUAGCAAACAUGGCAAACAGUGGCCACGGGUUACAGAUCUAUGAUGAUCUGGAUGUCGAAACCAGCAGCAUUUUUAACUAUGAUUAUUCCACAUCCUCAGAGAGCAAUGAUGUGGCCCCAUGCGACCUGCAAACAACAAUUAUUUUUGACCGCAGUUUCUUACCAGCAUUCUACAGUAUAUUGUUUCUUCUGGGAAUCUUAGGCAAUGUGCUUGUGAUGGUGGUGUUGCUGCAGAACCGUAAGAGGCUGCAGAGCACCGACAUCUUUCUCCUACACCUGGCAUUGGCUGAUAUCCUGCUGGUAGUUACCUUGCCUUUUUGGGCAACCCAGGCUGUGUCGGGCUGGCUUUUUGGAAAUGUGUUGUGUAAAACUGUGGCUUCCAUUUUCAAGAUCAACUUCUAUGCUUGCACCUUUCUUCUAGUCUGCAUCAGCUGUGACCGAUAUCUGGCAAUAGUCUAUGCCGUACAGGUAUACAAGAAACACCGGACAAACUUGGUGCAUUGGAGUUGCCUGUUUGUGUGGUGCCUGUGCGUUGGACUCAGUGUUCCAGACAUGGUGCAUUUCCAAGUUGCCUACGAACCUCGUACAAACGUGACAGAGUGCCAGCCAGUCUUUGGCUCCUCCAAUUUCAAAACCUGGAGAGUCUCCAUGGCAUUUCUCUACCAUAUUGUAGGAUUCUUGCUCCCACUGUGCUUCAUGCUGUACUGUUACACUCAUAUCAUUCACACUCUGUUUCAGACUCAUGGAUUUAAGAAACAGAGAGCCCUGCGAGUCAUAAUUACUGUUGUGGUGGCAUUCUUCUUGUGUUGGACUCCCUACAACAUAGUGGCCCUGUUGGACACAUUGAAUUUGUUGCAUGUUCUUGCUGACAACUGCACCAUAGACAGUAACAUUGAUAUUGCACUGUCAGUCACCUCUGGGUUGUGCUAUUUCCAUUCCUGCCUGAAUCCUCUGCUUUAUGCCUUUGUUGGAGCUAAAUUUAAGAAGAAGUUGGUUGAACUGUUGAGCAAGCUCAGCUGCAUUUGCCCUCAGAUUGUGAAGAACUAUAUCAAGCACAGCCCUUCAGCCAAAUCUUCCACUUGGUCGGAAUCAGGAGAAACCUCGAUAUCUAGAAUGUGAAAUGGUCUUCCUGAAAGCAAAAUGUCAACUCCAAGGACGGACUGGCCAUUGUAAUGCUCUUGCUGGCUGCACAUUGCAACUAUCAGGAAUGCUGAGUGGCAUAUCUGACAUUAGAAAACAAACCAAACUGAAACAGCUUUUUUACCUUUUCACACAUGGUUACAGCUUUAGUUUGUUUUGGAAAAGCUUUAACAAUGACCCAGUUCCAAGUCCUCCAGGUCAUCUGUAAAGAAACUAGGCACAUAGCAGGGCUCAUCAUCUUUAUUAUCAAAAUGAUUUAAAAAAAAAAAUAGAUCCACUUUGAAACAGGUUGACCCUAAAUUUAUAACUAAAAUGUCCAGGAAAAGGGUGGCCUUACAGAAUGUUUGUAAAAAAACAUGCCCAGCAGCAGCUUCAGCUUUCAAACAUUGAUUGUAUAGACAGUACCAUGGCUUUUGGGAUGUUUGACUUGGAGCCACAGCGAUCCCCCCACCAGUUUUGCAAAAAUGCACCCAUGUUGUUACAUGUAUAUUAAGGUAUAGGUAUAUUUCUGUAUCAACAUUGCCUUAAAGCAGUGAUCCCCAACCAGUGGCUCUGGAGCAACAUGUUGCUUCUCAGUCCAUUGGAUAUUGCUCCCAGUGGCCUCAAAGAAGGUGCUUAUUUUGAAUUUCUGGCUUAGAUGAAAGUUUUGGUUGCAUAACAAACAGCUGCAUUAACAGAGCCUCAUGUAGCAAAUCUGCGUAGGGGCUACCAAAUAACUAAAUCAAAGCCCUUAUCUGGUACCCCGAGGUACAUUUUUCAUGCUUGUGUUGCUCCCCAACUCUUUCUACAUUUGAACAUUGCUUACGGGUAGAAAAAAAUGGUUGGGGACCCCUGCCUUAAAGCAUGAAUCUAUGGCUAAUAUUUUAGCUGUACAUUUAUAUUUUUAAAUAGCUAUAUAUGUGUUUGCUGUAUAUGUAUAUAUACUGUAUUUGUGUUCUUAAUGCCAGUUAGUCUCUGUAUUGGUCAUAGUUGAUAUCUACAUACACAGCAAUAAUAUAGUAGCCGUUUCGGAAUAAAUGCAACACUUUUAUAGGUGUGAAUGAAAAACUGACACAGAGUUAAGCAGAACUUUCUGGUUUUUUUCUGAAAAUAAAUGCUGACUUUAAAACGUUAAA